AUGAAGUCCACCCAUGAAGCUCCAAAGUUGAACAAGCCCAAGGUUGUGUUUAUCAUGGGAGCAACAGGAACCGGAAAAUCCAAGCUCUCAAUCGACCUCGCGGUCCAUUAUCAAACCGAGGUCAUCAAUUCCGACAAAAUCCAAGUGUACAAGGGGCUCGACGUCGUCACCAACAAGGUCACCGACCUCGAGUGUCGAGGCGUGCCACACCACCUCUUAGGAGUGAUCGACGACCCCGACGUUGACUUCUCGGUGCAUGAUUUUUGUCGCGACGCGUUGACCGCCAUCAAUCAGAUAACGCAACGUGGGCGUGCCGCAAUCGUUGCCGGGGGAUCGAACUCCUUCAUUGAGGUGCUCGUGGAGGAUCCGACGUAUAAUUUCAAGUCCAUUUACGACUGCUGUUUCAUCUGGCUGGAUGUGUCGCCGCCCGUCCUGAACGAGCGCGUGUCGAAACGGGUGGACGAGAUGGUUGCUGCGGGCCUGAUAGACGAGGUGCGAGGAGUGUUCGUCCCGCAACCCGACUACUCACGUGGCAUUCGCCGUGCGAUUGGAGUCCCGGAGAUGGACCGUUUCCUGAGAGCCGAGAACCGUCUGAUCGAUGACGAGAAGCCGAAGGAGGUGUUGCUCGAUGAGGCUAUCAACGAGAUCAAGGUCAACACCUUCAAGUUAACCUGUCGACAAGUGGAGAAGAUCCGGAUGCUUAGGGAAGAGCGCGGGUGGAACAUACGCCGCAUCGAUGCGACCGGGGUUUUCGAGAGUCCAGGGGCGGCAGAUGUUGAGAAGGCGUGGCGGAGUCUGGUGCUGGAACCAAGCCUGGCCAUGGUAGGAGAUUUCCUCAAGGGCCAUGAGAAAUCAUUCAGUCCGCCGAAUCAAUUUCCUGCGACCUUGCCUCAAGUUCCCGUGGAAAUGUAGGCGACUAACGAGAGAGUGAUACAAUUUUUCUCGUGGCUGUCAUGUUGUCUGUCGUUAUGUUUUGAAAUUCUGUCUCUCUAUUUCCCAACUUUUAUCCAUGUUAAAG